ACCUCGACGUGCAGCGAUGAGGACCGGCGGGCACCGAUCGCCUUAAGCUUUCCCACGCCUACUGCACUGGGGACACCUCACUCUCUCGCCAACGCUGGCGCUACCAGCUCAUGUUGCAAGCUCCGCAAUCGACCAACAAUCGUCGCGACAGUCUCCGGUCACCGCCAAUGUCCGGCGGCGUGGGCCCGACGGCGGGGGGCAUCGCGCUGCCAUCGAUGGGGCAGCCGCCCCCGCCGCAACACCUGGAGCCCACCUCGCCCACGGCGCGCCCGCACCACCACUACUACCUCUUCUCAUGCAAGCAUCUCAACACGCUGGGCGCCAAGGCCGUGCUGGCCUUCUCGACCACCGUGCCGCUCUUGGAGAUCGCCUUCGCCGUCCUGCUCCUCCCCUACCUUUUUUCCUGGCCACGCUGGCCUUCCCGCAAGCGCCCUGGGAAGCCCAACCCGUCCUUGCCCGUCUUCCUCGGCCUCGCGCGCCUCCUCCUCGCCGCGCACACCAUGGGCGGGUUCCUCGUUGGUGCCGCGCUCCCGGCGCUCUACGUCCUCGACGGCCUCCGGUCCGGGGACACCACGGGGAUCACCGCCGCAGCCCCGCACGUGUUCCUGCUCUCCGCGCAGGUCUUCAUCGAGGGGCUCACCGCCGCGGUCCCGUGGCGGUUCUCGCUCCCCGUCAGGGCCGCCAUACCGGUCAUGUACAACACGCGCAGGAUGUUCGUGGCAGGGGAGUGGCUCCGGCAGGAGAUGGAGGGGGUGACUGCGGUGACGGGAACGGAAGGGGGCGGAGCGGCAGGAGGCUAG